GAGUGAACUCUUCUGGCCAAUCAGGUGUUUGUUUUUUUAUUGCGAAGCCCCGCCCUCCACCGAUGGCACAGAAAUCGAGUCAAACCAGAUCCCAAAGCAGACCUUCCAGUCUUCUUCCUGUGGAAGCACUUCGCUCAACAUUUAGAGAGUUUAUUUAAAGGAGAAUAACUUCUAGUGAACAUGAGACAGUUGGAACUAAAACUGACUCAGCUCUGACCGCUUUUUCCCGCUCUGGAGUACCGAGCAGCUCCUCUAAAGUUGCUGCUAGCAGUAAUUAUUUGUGAUGCUGAACAACCAGAGCAGAUAGAAACUGCAGUUUUCACCUGUUGUUGUUGCUGCAGCUGCUCAGACCGACAGGUAACUCGGCUGAGCUGCGAUGGAGAAACCUGCCUCAGGUGUGCACCCCGGAAGACUGAAUGUAGCCCGAUACCUGGUCAGGUUUGGGGUGAACCCUGCAGCUCUGGCUUAUGCCAUGACCACCCUGGGAGCUGGCAUGAUCAACAACAUCUUCAGCUUCUACUAUGUCAAGCUGUUUCUGAACAAGUACCAGAUCUCUGAGGGAGCCUUCCACCGCUCACAGGUGGUGUUCAUGGUGUGGAAUGCCGUCAAUGAUCCACUCUUUGGUUACCUGCAAGAUAACUCCAGGGUUCGCUGGUGCUCUCAGCGCCGUCUGUCCAUCCUGUACGGUGCCCCCCUCUACUCGCUGGCUUUCCUUCUGGCCUGGUUCCCGUGGCGAUCCUACGAGCCCGAUGACUGGCUGAGUGGUUUACACCUGAUGGUGGCGCUGUGUGCUUUUGAUGCCAUGCUGACCUUUGUGCUGCUGGCCCAAUGUGCCUUGUUUGCAGAGAUAUCGACCCAACAUCAGAACCGACUCAGACUCAUCAAAUACAGCCAGGUGGCUUCUCUUGUGGGCUCCUCCAGCAUCCUGUUCUGUGGUGUGCUGUCCAGGAACAUGGAGGAUUUUGGAGCUUUUCAGGCCUUCAACGUGCUGAUUGCCGUCCUGAGCUGUGGCUGCAUGCUUUACACAGGCAUCCACAGCGAGAGCCGCUACGAUAAUAAAGGAUCUGACUCAGAUAUUCCGGGGUCGGCAGACAAUCAGUCGGCGUUUUCCUUCACUACAUUGAGGAUGUUGAUGUGGCAGAUCCUGACCAACAGGGACUUUCAGCUUUUUGUAGUCAUGAACUUCUUCCAGGUUUUUAUUUUGGCCUUCUUUAAUAAUUUCACUAUGAUAUUCGCGGAACACCUGAUUCCUCCAGAUGUGCUUCCACCCGUGGCCAUGAGCAUCAUGUAUGGAGCAGGAUUCAUCUGUCCUCAGCUGUUAGUACUGAGCUGUCAGAGUCUGCUGCAAGGUCUCGGCUACUACAAGAUCGUCCUCUUCACCUUCUACAUGGAGGCUGGAAUGGCAGCCGUCAUGCUGGCAAUCGGUCCUCAGCACUACUACAUCCUGGCAUGUUUCCUCACCGUUAACAUGGUCAUAAUUCAAGCAGCCUUCAGUCUUUUUGGUUUGCCUUUGGCGGACAUUAUUGACACAGAUCUGCAGACGUACAAGCGCAGUUCCCCUCUCUCCUCCAUGGUGUUUGGAACAAAUGCUUUGUUCACCAAACCGGCUCAGUCUCUGGCUCCCAUGAUCACACUGAACAUCCUCAACAGGUUUGGAUAUGAACAGCUGAAGGAUGCAGGAAGAGAUUCAGAUCCAAGCACCUUGGAGAGCCUCCACAGCGUCAUGUUCUACCUGGUUUGUCUGGUGCCCAUGUGUGUCGCUGCUCUGCAAGUCCUGGCUUGGAGGCCGUUUUCCAUCCGCAACAGUCACACGGUCGACGCAAAGUACAUCGACGGCUAACGGCCAAGCUGGUGGAUGUUUCUUUAGCUGGGAUUUGGGGGAAAUUCUUUCGCGACAGCAUUGAAAGUAGAAAAUUAUUUAAUAUUUGAUGCAGUCUGUGGCUUCAUACUCAAAAUCAUCCUACUGACUUCCAUUACCUGCAUUUAAAGUGAGACCUGAGCUACUGAUCACCGUUGCUUUUAUGAUGUAAAACUUACAUAGAUUCCUUUAUUAUGAUUCUUGUCAAAGAAUCAAGUUCUUUCACUUGUAUUAGAUGUAGAUGCUCAGUCAUCCUCGAUGCUGUGCUCUGCAAAAACAGACCGAUUCCUCAGAAUGCGCACAAAAAAAAUGUUUUAUUUUCAACCGAGGAUCAUGAACUAAAAAUGAAACCAAACAGACAUACUGAGCUGCUUCAGAGACUGUCAGAUUAAGUGAUAAAUUCAGCGUCUUGAAGCAGAAAAGAAUAAAAUACAUUCAGUUUAUAGCAUCACACUCCUCCUGAACCAAAGCUGGUCAAACGGUUAUUUACGGACUUAUUUUCACCUCAUAUGCAGGAGCAAGGAGUAAAAGAAAGUACAAAACUGUAAAGAAUAUUUGUGUGAAUUUUUAUAUUCAAGAACUUUCACAUUCCAGGGAGGAUUUUUGGCUGCAUGAUUCAGGGCAUUACCGUUUUAUACACAGAAAAAAGCACAUUACAGCUAAAGUAUAAUGUUCUAAUGGUGCAGAGAGAAGAAAAAUGAAUGAAUUCAGCUGGUUACGUUGUGGAUUAGGGAGGCAUUUCAUAAAUACAGAGUCAGGCUUUUGUGUGAUCUUUGUUUUGAUGAACAGAAUUUGUUAAAAUGAGAGGAAAUGCUUUCAUAUUAUGAACUGCAUGUUCGCAAGUUUUAAAUAUGUUGACAUGAUGAUAAUCCAGUUGUACACUGCCCGUCCAAAAAAAAGUCGCACACUCUAAUAUUUCAUUGGACCACCUUUAGUUCUGAGAACGACACACAUUUGCUGUAGCAUCGUUUCAAUAAGCUUCUGCAAUGUCACAGCAUUUAUUUCUGUCCAGAGUUGCAUUAAUUUUCUACCAAGAUCUUACAUUGAUGAUGGGAGAGUCGGACAAAGUCUUCUCCAGAACAUCCCAAAGAUCCUCAGUGGGGCUGAGGUCUGGACUCUGUGGAGGACAAUCCAUCUCAUGCUCCCUGAUCCACUCAUUCUCAAUGUGACCCCAUGAAUCCUGGCAUCGUCAUCUUGGAACAUGUCCAUGAACAUCAGAGAAGAAAAACUCCACUGAUGGAAAGACCUGGGCAUUCAGUAUCUUCAGGUAGUCAGCUGACCUCAUUCUUUGGGAACAUAACGUUGCUGAACCUGACCAACCCCAGAUCAUAACUCUAACCCCCACAGGCUGGUAGGAACUAGUCAUGAUGAGGGCAUCACUUCAUCUGCCUCUCUUCUUACCCUAAUGCCCCCAUCACUCUGGAACAGGGUAAAUCUGGACUCAUCAGACCACAUGACCUUCUUCCAUUGCUCCAGAGUCCAAUCUUUAGGCUUCCUAGCAAACUGAAGCCUUUUUUUCUGAUCAUCCUCACUGAUCAGUGUUUUCUUAGAGCUACAGCUGUUUAGUCCCAAUCCUUUGAGUUCCCUUCAUAUUGUGUGUGUGGAAAUGUUCUUACUUUCACUAUUAAACAUAGCCCUGAGUUCUACUGUUGAUUUCCUACCAUCAUCUAAGAGUUUGUUCCGACCACAGAUGAUGGUUCUCUACUAUCCUUCAGGUUUUAAUAAUGUGUUGGAUGGUUCUGAACCUGAUUUUAGUAGUUUCAUCUCCUUAAUUGUUUUCUUAGCUUGAUGCAGGCCAAUAAUUUGACCCUUCUGAGAGAUUAACAUCCUUUCCAUGAUCACAGGAUCUGUCUUCCAACAUGUUGUUUAAGAAAUGAGAAGCUCCUCACUGCAUCAGCUAGGGUUCAAUAAGUUGUUGCAGCUGAAACAUAUUCAUCACUGCUCUAAUAAUCCAAUGGAAGAAUCUUACCUAUCUGAUUAAAUAAAUUGAAGUGGUGACUUUUUUUUUGGCCAGGCAGUGUAUUUCUUGAUUUAAUAGAAGAAACAAGAUGAAAACGUCACAAACCUGGUCUUUAAUUUAUACAUGGAACUCCAGCCUGAUUUUAACACGAUGCCCUGAUAUGCAUUUACAUCUGCAAGGUCUUAAACAGAUUUGUGCCUUACUUGAAAUCCUACCCAAGACUAAAACAUAAAAUCAGCAAAACCUGGAUCACACUGUUCCUAUCUGAUGAUUUAUAGUCAAGAGUAAUGAAAGAAAGGAUGCAAAAAGGGAAGAAUUCACACAGAACAAGGAAAAUCACAGCUUUUAAUUUCUUUUUUAAAAAAGUGCAUGUACAUCCAUUUCACACUGGUUGGAUCUGAAUGAUUUCUGCAGUGAACAAAAAUAUAUAAAACUAACUGUACAGAAUAUGACAAAACAGGAGGCAUCACAAACAGGAAUAUUAAAAUAACUUCAAUGUGAAUUUCUAUGAAGCAGACAGUAAGAGCUCAUCUAACACAUUGUUUUAUUUCACUUUUUAAGCUGUGUUAGAUAAACAGCAGAAAAUUCUGUGCCUUUUCUUCUCUUUUUUUUAUAAAGAUCAACUGUGUGCAGUCAGAUGAAAUCAGUGUUUUGGAAUAAAAAUGUGUUCACACA